AUGACAAUGGCAACCACGGCCGCUGACAUUUACAGGGGCUUCACCGUUUAUAGAGAUGCUCAUACACGUGCAGAAGUGGUAAUGACUGCUUCGCCCUUCUUAGUGACCCGGCGAGAUGGACUUUCACUCAAGGGAAGAAGACUGGAUUUUUAUGGAAGAGCUGACACCUACGUUAGCCUGACCAGUACUGUUCCUGAACUGAGUCGAUUCACAACAUGCAUUGACCUGGCAUUCACAGAUGAUAACCCAAGUGAUUGGAUGGCUUUCUCCUAUAUUACUAAUAACACCUUCUUGGGCAGAGAAGACAUUGACCUUGGACUUGCAGGAGACCAUCAACAGCUAAUAUUAUACAAGAUGGGCAAGAUCUUUUAUAUCCAUUACCACCUGACUCCAUUACACUGGCAUACAAUAUGCUUGAUAUGGGAUGGCGUGAAAGGCAAAUUAGAACUCUUCCUGAAUAAAGAAAGGAUACUGGUAAUUAUAGAUCAACCACAAAACCUGGCACCUAAUGGGACUCUGAUUCUAGGACACUUGCUCAAGAAGCGGGACAGCCAGAUUAAAAGUGUCAUACCAGCCUUCAGUGGCAGCUUGUACUACUUUCAACUCUGGGACCACAUCCUGGAAAUUGAGGAGUUUAUGAAGUGUUUGGAUGGAAACAUAGUUAGUUGGGAAGAAGAUGUUUGGCUCAUCAACAACCUCAUUCCCACUGUUGACACGAGGCUGCGCUGCUUUGUUUCUGAAGAUAUAACUAUUCAAACAACUCUUUCACAACAAGUAGAUUUGACAACUCCAUCUCAAAUUACUGGACUAAAACCUGAAAAGACUGCAUAUGCCACAGCAAUGUCUAAAAGCGUGCCUGUAUUUGCAACUGAUUAUACAACCAUAUCAUAUUUCAAUACAACAUCUUUAUUUCUGAAAACAACAACUACACCCAUUUUGUUAAAGACAUCGACAACUGGCACAGUUACAUCCGCAGCAGGCAUUUUGUCUACUUCGACAGCCAUUGCUCUGCCUACCCAUUCCAUGAAAAUAACUAAAUCCCCAAGGACAACAAAAAUGGCCAAAACCAUUGCUACUAAGAUCUUUCAUCCAACUACAAUGACUAAUUUUCUACACACAUCAAGAUUUACCAAGAAUUCAAUUGCAUCCAAACCUUCAGUGACUGGAUCUCAGUCAGCUGCUGUGAAGACAACAUUUUUAUUUUCAUCUAAGGAGUCAUCUUUCAAGUCUACAACAUCUUGGCCCAAACACAGUUCCACAGAUACGGGAGCACUCCCUAUUCCUACCACUAGCCAGGAGUUUCUUGCAUCUACAGCUGCUGGAACUGUAUGUUGUUCUAUGGUGGAACAGACUUCAGCUACAACUACUCACAUUGGGGCAACAUCAGUAACAUCAUCUGAACUUGUGCUCACCUCGACAGCUCCAGGGGAUUCCAUAUUUCCUAGAAAUCAGUCAGCAUCUACAUUGGCAACAACAGAUAAGAAAGUAGCAUUUACAGCUCAUCCAAUGACACUCCCAGCCAGGCCUAUUGAGAUGACACCUGCAUUAAGAACAGCUGAAACAGAAUCGACUUCUGUGAAUUUCCAGGAUGUCUCUUCACACAGCUUGGAGGAUACAGUAACUACUUUCAUGCCAGAAGAGACCUCUUCUAUGUCCCUUUCUUUCAGUACAUCCUCUCCAUUUGUCAGAACUCAGAGUGUGCAGACAGGGAUUCAUGCUGACACUACAACUACACGUGCAACCUUUGCUCCUGGAAUCACACUUGCACCUACAGUGGCUGAAACUACGCUUUCCCUCGCAAUCACUGGGCUAGUAUCUACUGAGAAUACACCUACAGGUGAUGAAAACAUGCUUCCUUUGCUUUCCACUAUAUCAGCUUCCAUAUCCAAAGUAGCUGGGUCUGGCCCCACAUCUGUAACUGAUAAUGGUGCCCAACUAUUCUCCACCAGUGAGAACACUUGGACUUCCAGGCCAGACCAGACCCUGUUGACAUCAGCUUUCCAUGGGAGUACUUCUAAUUCAGAACAUUCCUCCACAACUACUCAUCUUAUCACUCCAGCAGAAGCAUUCACAGACAGCAAGGCUACCACUGCCAUGGAUGUUACUAUUACUGCUGAUGCUGCUGCAGACAGAUAUACAACAGUCUUAUCCAAAUUGACAUCUCCAUGGUUUGCUAAUUUCUCCACAGUUUCUGAAACCACAUCUGUAACCAAACUGCCUGAGUGUAAACGUACCACCUUACUACUAAAAACCACCCCUAUGGCCACAGUAGCUGAACAUGAACUUCUUUCAACACCAAAGGAGACAGUUGUUCCUCCAGUAGAUAUAAUAUCUACCCUUUCUGACAAUGAACUACAUUUUUCUACUGAGAGUGCUUCUGAGACCACACAAACAGAAACAAGGGGUACAGUUGCAUUUGGAGAGACAACAGCCCUGGCACCAGAGUCUGCAACACAAAGAUUCAACACUACUGUGACAAAGAAAGAAACAACUUCCCAUUAUCUUAAUGGGAAAUUGACUGCAGCAGCGACAUCUGAGAUUUGGCCAUCUGCAACAAGGAUGGAAGCAACAGAUGAACCAGCACAGGUGAUGACGACAUCUGUCCCUGUUUCCCUCUUUCCUGAUACAGAAAACUUGAGUACCUCAUUGGAUAAUGCAAUUGCUACAACUGAGGCAAGAGGAAGUUGGCUUUCCACAAAAGCAAUGAAAACCACAUCCAAGAGUUUAUACAAUGGAACUACAGAAACUUUUAUUUCCACACACACCUACACAGCACAUUGGACUUCAGAGACUCCACCUAAGGGUAAUUUGACACCAUCUCCCACGUCUGGGAACACACGGACAUUCCCUGAACCCCUGAAUGCUUCCACUGCAAAGCUAUCAGGGACCAGUUUUGCCACUAACCCUGCAAGCAGGACAGCUAUGUCCUUGUCUGCUGGUACCUCAUCUCCACAGCCUGCAGCUACCGAUUCCUCAGCAACCCCUUGGCCUGUAGCCCAUAUGUCCUCGCUGCCAGUUAAUAAUUCUGCUGUCACUUCUGUGGGGGCAUCUAAGGAGACUAACUUUACCAUGCCCGAACCUUCUACACUGCCCAGGGCUUCCUCUACAUCUGUGCUCUCAGAUGUCUCAAUUCUGUCACCAGCUACAGCUCAUGCAACCUUGGUGCCACCAUCAGAUCAGACUUCUUCCAUAACCAGCAAGACCGUGCCUACACACAGAGACUCAGGUGGCACCACUUCAGAGGUCACAGUGAUCUCUGUCAGGAUGACACCUACGGCAGUUUCCUCUUUGGCAGAAGCUUCAGGCCCCUCUCUGACACCUCCCACACCUAUGGCAACGAAGACUGAGACCACCCUUCUCUCCACCUCAGUUGACAUUGUAACACCAUCUACACAUACUCCUGCUGCAUCUAAAUCUCUCCCUGUCACUACUCCUGUUGUCUCCUCCACUAAGGUCAUCUCGCAUAUGCCUACACCAGUAGCAACCCAACCCAUAUCUCAAGUGGAGGAGAUGUCUGCCCAUGCUGUCAGUUUUCCAUAUACUUUCAGUGGUGGUGCAGAUGUUGUUAGUUUGGCCACUGACACUACAGAAACUUCUGUUGAUGAGAACAUCACCUCACACAGCUCUGCCAACAAGCUUACUACUUCAGUGGAUGGUCACAUUUCUCAAUCUUCCACACAUCUUUUUAGCCUACCUGUCCCCACCCUAUUAGAGACUGGUAUCUCUACCUUAUCUUCUGGCAAAGAACAGAGUGUUUCCUCUUUAGGAAACACUGGAAACACUCUUAAAACUAUGAAGGUGACAGAAGCAUCCCCAUCAAAGAAUCCUUUUAUUUCAAAUUCUCACAGUACUUUGCUUUUGGAAAUGACAGAUACUGGAUUUGUUGAAACCACAACAAUUUCCAGUCACCAAAGUCAUGCACCUCCAGAGAUUCCACUUGUAACAUCAUCUAAUGGGAUUUCAAUUUCAUCUACCACUUCUGGAAGUACACAGAUUACACCAACCUUGACCUUGAGUCACAAAGUAGAUGUUCAUAGUUCAGAAGAACCUACUAGUCUUGGGAAAACAGCUGUCCCUACACAUGCUCUGACCAUCACCACAUUUUCAUCUCCUGAAAAUGAAAGCACGUGGACUCUUUCAGUAAACACUCCCAGGACUGAGAAAAUGACAAUAAGCACCAACUCUACGACUCACCCUGUCUCUUACCGCCAGGAUACUUCAUUUGUAGAUGCCUCUACUUCAAGAACAAAUAAAAUAUCAAAUCCUGUAAACAUCAGCCCAACUGUUUCACACUUGCUUUCACCUAGAACUCAACCUGAGGUGACUUCAAUUGCCUCUCCAAUUUCUGAAAACAAACAAACUUCCUCUGAGUCCCUGUCUCCUUUUACAAUGGGACUAUCUAGUGUCAAUUUUACAAUGAUGUCUACUGACAGACCCAGUACAGCACUUUCUGCACAAAAUGUCCCUACAGCACUUGUUGAGAAAACCUCUAUGAUCACAUCUAUCCCUACCAACCAGAUGUCCUCGUUGCCAGUUAAUGUUACUGUCUUCACCUCCAAAAGAGUUUCUGACACUCCCACAAUACAAAUGACUAAGUCUUCUAAAACAGCACAGCCAGAUUACUUGAAAAGUCCCUUUGUAGCCACUUCUGGGUCUACGUCUGAGACGUCCUCAAUACCAGUUAGUGACUCUGCUUUCUCACCUCCAGCUGACACUUCCACACCAGUUGGGUCAUUCUCUACUUCAUUGUCUUCGGUUGCCCCUAAGACUACUAUGACUAUCCAAGCAUCCACAUUGGAUGUCAUACCUGGGAAAUACACUGGGCCUUCUUCAAAAAGCACAGUGGUUUCCUCUGUUUUCACUACUUCAGAAAUGAGAGACGUGUCCUCCAGGAUCAUACCUACAUCCUUUUCCUUUCCAACAGAGCCAACUUUCCCCUCUCUGAAAACCAUCCCAACCACUAUCGUGACUGGGAUAUUGACUCCAUUCUUAGACACCACUCCCUCCUCUCUACUCAGUUCUAAGAACACAGAAGUUAUUUCUUCCAUUCCAAAGAGCACAUUUUUGUCAUUUCUAUCAACAACAGAACAAUCAUCACAAGGAGAUGAGGCUACAACUCUGGGCAUAUUACCUGGGAUUACUAACAGCUCCCUAUCUACUGUAAGAAGUGGUGGAGUGACAGUUCUCACAAAUCCUUAUUCCAGAACUGUUGCUCCUGAAAGUGCGCUUUCAUCUACUCCUUCAAGUCUUCUCCAUUCUUCCUUGAGUACACAAGUUUUCCCAUCUUUGACUAGCUUCAAGAGCACUCCUGGACCCACAAGUCUAAAAGCCACUAUUUACCAUUCUUCAAAUACAGAAAAGAUGACUUCCUUGUCAGAAAAUACUUUGACAACUGAACUAACAAAGAGUGCCACUUCUGUGAAUACACCUGUUUCAUAUCCUCCAUGGAAUCCAUCUAGUGCAACUCCAUCCUCUUUGAUGUCAUUUCUUUCUUCCCCUCGCAGUACCAAAGCUGAGUUCUCUACUUCAAAGACUUUGCUUCCUCCUACAUCCCAAAUGGCUGAAUUGCCAGCUCUGGGAAUAAGAACCACAUCUAGUAAUGCCCAGUCUCUGUAUAUGACUUCUUGGAACACACCCACAGCUAAAGAUUCUCAAUUUCCAAUUUCUACCACUACUCAUGUGCCUACACCCGAUAAGACAGAAACAGAAACUCCAUACUCUCUUCCUGAGUCUUUGACAACAUUUACUACCUCUCAGACUGGUCUUGUAUCUGGAGAUGUUAUGGAAAUGUCAUCAAUUUCCUCAUCAGGAAUUCUUUCUACCUUGGGAAUGUCUGAGAACCCUUCAGUAUCAACAUCUUUAAGAUCUAUCCCUACCACUUUGACUGACAUUAAGCACACAUUUGAGAAGACUACCAUACCCAAAACUCUUGGACUCACACUCCCAUUGAAUCCUUCUGGAUCUCUGACCUCAAAGACUGCUACUUCCCCCAUGCUAGCUUGGCUCGUAUCUAGUCUCCAUUCAGGUUCCCCUCUGGUAACUAAAUCCAAUACACCUCACAUUACAACUUCCUCUGUAGUAGAGGUGUCCAAAUCCACAUUUCUGACUUCUGACAUGACAGCAACACACCUGUUCACUAAUUUCACAACACUUCCCUUUCCUGUAAGCACAAUACUUACUAAAAUCACUCCUACAUCUGCAGUGGGAGGUAUCACUACUGGCUUUCCAGCUUCUCCCUCUAUGUCUGUAAGAAUCACAGAUGACAGUGUAUACAUUUCCAAAUCCCCUGAGGCAUCUUCCAGAACCACUGUGACUGCCAACUCCAGGACAGUGUCUCAAACUCCAUCCUUUGGCAUAAUGAGUGAGUCACCUCCUACAAUUGAUCACACCUCACCUAUUGGUUCCAUGCCUCUAACUAAUCCUACAACAACCCCUGCAUGGAGCAGAAUACCAGUUGCAUCAGUAUCCCUUACUUUAGCUCUUCCUAAACCCACGGGGGACUCCCUUCCAAAAAUAACCACCACUACAUCCAUGUCUACUGGAACCUCAUUUCUACGCAUAUCCACUGGAGUGACACAUCCUUCUACAGCAACUGUUUCUUCACUACUCUCUUCCUCUCUUCCAACCUGGCUAGACCCCAGACCCUCCUUUCUAUCUACAGAAACAUUGACUUCACCUGUUGCAGCUGAAUCCACAGUUUCCUUCUAUGAUAUUAAAAUGAGCUUCUCUGUCUUUGAUGAAGAGUCAAGUAUCCUUGUUACCAGUGUUCUAGAAGAAUUUUCAGAAAAUUGGUUGAAUUCUAUAUUUCAGGACAGUGAAUUUGCUCUUGCUAAUUUGGCUGUUCAAAUUAAAAGCAGGUGUGUUUGUCAGGUCAUCAUUAAGGCCAACUCUUCUUUACCAUCCACCGAAUUGAUUAGCAAGAUCAAAAGUAAAAUACAUGGCAACUUCACACAAGAUCAACUGACAUUAUCAAUAAGGUCUGAACACGUCGCAGUUGAAAAACUCGAGCCAGGAAAGUGCAAAGCCGAUGAAACAGCCUCUAAAUACAAAGGGACGUAUAAAUGGCUCUUAACCAACCCCACCGAGACUGCCCAAACCAGAUGCAUAAAAAAUGAGGAUGGAAAUGCUACGAGGACCUGCUCAAUCAGUAUCAAAAGUGGCAAAUCUCAGUGGGAAAAACCCAAGUUUAAACAGUGCAAAUUGCUCCAAGGACUUCCAGAUAGGAUUAUGGAUCUCGCUAAUAUUACUAUAAGUGAUGAGAAUGCGGAAGAGGUUGCAGAGCACAUUUUAAAUUUGAUAAAUGAAUCCCCCCCUCUGGAUAAAGACGAAAUAAAGAUUAUUGUUUCUAAAGUAUCUGACAUUUCAUACUGUGAUGAGAUAAGUAUGAACCUAACCCAGACUAUAUUGCAAAUAAUCAGUGCUUCUUUGGGAGAGCAGCACGGUUCUGCAUCUGAGCUGCACGAAGUAAGCAAUGAGAUCCUGAGGAUAAUCGAGCGCGUAGGUCACAAGAUGGAGUUUGUUGGGAGGUCGGCAAACCUGACAGUGGCCAGGCUAGCCUUGGCUGUCCUGCGGGUGGACCACACCUUUGAAGGCAUGGCUUUCAGCAUUCGCUCCUACGAAGAAGGCACAGACCCUGAGAUUUACCUAGGCGAUGUCCCUCUGGAGAGGGUUUUGGCAUCCAUAUACUUGCCUAAAUCACUGAAAAAGAGAAUUCCUCUUAGCAACUUACGGACCAUCUUAUUUAAUUUCUUUGGUCAAACUUCACUCUUUAAGGUCAACAAUGCCAUGAAAGCAUUAACCACCUAUGUUGUGAGUGCCAGCAUUUCCAAUAUGUCCAUUCAAAACUUGGCCGACCCGGUGGUGGUCACUCUGCAGCACAUUGGAGGGAACCGGAGUUAUGGUCAAGUUCACUGUGCCUUUUGGGAUUUUGGGAAUAACAAUGGGCGAGGUGGAUGGAAUUCAUCAGGCUGUAAAGUAAAGGAAACAAACGUAAAUCACACAGUCUGUCAGUGUGACCACCUCACCCACUUUGGAGUCUUAAUGGAUUUAUCCAGGUCUGGAAUGGAUGCAGUGAACGAACGGAUACUUACACUUAUAACAUACACUGGAUGUGGCAUCUCCUCCAUUUUCCUGGGAGUUGUGAUGGUGACAUACAUAGCUUUUCACAAACUUCGAAGAGAUCAUCCUUCCAAAAUCCUGAUCAACCUGUGCACCGCACUACUGAUGCUCAACCUGGUAUUUCUGGUCAAUUCUUGGUCAUCAUCACUCCAGAAGGCAGGACUUUGCAUCACCGCUGCUGUGGUGCUUCACUACUCGCUGCUGGUUUCUAUCACUUGGAUGGGCCUGGAGGCAGUCCACAUGUAUUUUGCUCUAAUCAAAGUCUUCAACAUAUACAUCCCACAUUAUAUGCUGAAAUUUUGUCUAGUUGGCUGGGGAAUUCCGGCGAUCAUCGUGACAAUCACACUCAUUGUGAACAAAGAUGUGUAUGGAACUCUGGGCUCCACGAAGCUAUUUUGUUGGAUUAAGGACGACUCUGCCUUUUACGUCUCAGUUGUCGCUUAUUUUUGCCUCAUCUUUCUCAUGAAUCUCUCCACGUUCUGUACUGUUCUUGCUCAGCUGAAUUCUAUGAAAUCGCAAAACCAGAAGACUCGGCAAAAGAUAAUCCACGAUCUCAGAGGCACCAUGAGCCUCACAUUCUUACUUGGCCUCACCUGGGGCUUUGCCUUUUUUGCCUGGGGACCUGCGAGGAUCCUGUUCUCGUAUCUUUUUGCCAUUUCUAACACAUUACAAGGAUUCUUCAUCUUUGUGUUUCACUGUGUGAUGAAGGAGAGCGUGCGGGAGCAGUGGCAGAUACACCUAUAUUGCAGGUGGUUGCGACUAGAUAACUCUUCUGAUGGUAAUAGCAGACAUGGGCUAAAUGUGGUGUAUCAGCAGGAGAGACUGAAGAAAACCUUCCAGCACAAAUUGUUGACACCAUCCCUCAGGUCAACGGCAACUAGUUCUACCUUCAAAACCUUAGGCUCCGCCCAAGGCGCACCUUCAGAAAUAAGCUUCCCAAAUGCUGACUUUGAUGAAGAUCCCUACUGCUUCUCUCCCUUGAGUUGUGAAGUUGUGCCUAACUGUGUGAGAAGAAUAUUACCUGUGGAAAUCAAAAUUAAUUCCAUUCACAAACAAAGAUUUCUUCAAUAA